AUGAUCUGGUCCACACUCGCCGCGCUCAAGACCGACCCCACCGAGGAGGCUCGCGCCCAGGUUCAACAACGAACUCCCCGCUAUGCCGGCGAAGAUACCACCCCGACCACCCGCCGGGAGAUCCUCGGUUGGUACGCCUAUGGUAUCGCCGCUGAGGUCUUUGCUGUUUCUGGCGUUGGAUCCUUCCUCCCCUUAAUGCUGGAACAGCUCGCUCGCGAACAUGGGUCUUUACAAGAUACUCACCGACCGUGUUGGGGCGACGCUGCACCUGACGAGAACGCGCGGAAUGGCGAACAAUGUGUCAUUGGAUUGAUGGGCCUGCAAAUCAAUACGGCCAGCUUUGCGAUGUAUACAUUCUCGCUGGCAGUGCUGAUCCAGGCUCUGACAUUGAUUUCAUUCAGCGCAUUGGCUGAUUAUGAGAACAAUCGAAAAUCGCUACUCCUAGCCUUUGGCUUCCUCGGCUCCGUGACCAGCAUGCUCUUCGUCCUCAUCUGGCCUUCGAUAUAUAUCCUCGGCGCCGUACUAGUCGUUAUCGGGGUAACAUGUCUCGGAUCCUCAUUCGUAGUACUAAAUUCCUUCCUCCCCGUCCUCGUCGCGAACGAUCCCUCCGUGCAAAACCCCGAGCAUCGCACCAGCGAAGAAAUGUCGAGUUUCAAUCGGCGCGAGGACGACUUUGACUGGAACGAAUGGAGUGAUCAGGAAAGCGUGGACGGUGUACAUGACCACCGAAGCAGAAGCAGCAAUGACAUGCACGAAAUGAACGAAUCAUAUUCUCCGAGUCCCGAAGCCGGACUGAAGGAAAACGAAAAGCCCAAAUCAGCAUCGCCGGAACUCCAACUAUCAACCCAGAUCUCAUCCAAGGGCGUCGGACUGGGCUAUCUAGCCGCAAUCAUCGUGCAAAUCCUCAGUAUCGUCAUCCUCAUCACCGUAUCCAAGACCUCUCUCGCCAAAGCAUCGGGGACAUGGCCAAUGCGGUUUGUUCUGCUCCUCGUUGGUAUAUGGUGGGGCGUGUUUACCUACUUGACCAGUCGUCUCCUCCGACCCCGACCCGGUCCUCCCCUCGACAGUAUCAGCUCAUCCGGACCUGGGGCUGGCGGCUCGGCGAAGUGGCGCGUCUGGCUACGUCUAGUGGGAUUUUCCUGGAAAUCGUUAUGGCGAACCGUGAAGAUUGCGGUGCAAUUACGAGAAGUGAUGAUAUUCCUCGUUGCGUGGUUCAUGCUUUCGGAUGCGUUGGCAACGGUCUCCGGGACGGCAAUUCUAUUCGCGCGCACGGAAUUGAAGAUGAGUACGACUGGAAUCGGCCUUUUAUCCAUCACGGUGAUAGUGUCUGGAAUGGGAGGCGCGUUCUUGUGGCCGAAGGUUUCGGCGCGAUUCGGUCUCAAGUCCAAUCAGACGAUUAUGGUGUGUAUUGCGCUGUUCGAACUGAUCCCGCUAUAUGGUAUGCUGGGGUAUAUCCCAUUUGUGAAGAGAUGGGGUGUCAUUGGGUUACAGCAGCCGUGGGAGAUAUUCCCAUUGGGAAUUGUGCAUGGUGUUGUUGGUGGUGGACUCGCGUCUUAUUGUCGGUCUUUCUUUGGACUGUUGAUUCCUCCGGGUAGUGAGGCGGCGUUUUAUGCGCUUUAUGCGGCGACGGAUAAAGGGAGUUCGUUUAUUGGGCCGGCGAUUGUGGGUGUGCUUGUGGAUGCGACUGGACAAGUGCGGUCGGGAUUCUUUGUGAUUGCGAUUUUGAUUGUGUUGCCGUUGCCAUUGGUGUGGAUUGUCAAUGCAGAGAAAGGUCGGCGUGAUGGGUUGGCGAUGGCGGAGAAGUUGGGACCUUCCAAGUUUGCUGGGGAGGAAAAUGGGCAGGAGGCAGAGGGUUUACUGAGGGGAAACAAUUAG